AUGUUCGGCGGCUUCGCACCUCCGCAGUUCUCCAAGGAGGAGAUCAGGGCCCUCGAGGCCGAGGCCAACUCGACGGUGAACCGCUUCAUCGCGACCGCCUUUGUGCUGUACAUCUCACCUUUUGUCAUCGAUGCUGCAUCGAGCUUCUUCUAA